GGUCCCUGGCAGGGACGGGCCACGGUGCUGUCACCCCUCGACCCUUCUCGAAGACGCUUUCCCCGAAAGGCGCCCCGCGCCCUCUCCGUGGGUCGGCUGGGGAUACCCCAGGCCCGAGCAGGCGGUGUGAAGUUCUGUGUUCUGAACUGGACUGAGCGAGAUGCGACGGUCCCAGCCCGCUGGGCCGCCUGUAGCGACCGCAGGAGUAGGAGAGAGGGAGGGACACGGAGUGUGAGCGCACCAGUCUGUUCAUAUUUAAUUUACAAAGCAGUCUCGGAACCCCGGGGCCGGAUUGUCUCUUUAGAUGCUGCGCUCUUAGCCUGUCUCUCUUCCCCACCCCCUCCCCUAGCUCAUUAAGAUGCUCAACACUCAAAUCGGGAUAUUGAUCUCCACAGAAGCCCCAAACCCAUGCCAUCGACCCACCGCGAGAGACCCUCAAGGCCCGGGGUGAUGGCUGAGGGGGUUGGUGAGCCCGAAUGGCUGGGUGGCUACAGAACGGGUGGGGAUUUUGUGUGUCUCCCGUAGCCUAAACCCCUUUCCCGGUUCUGGCCGGUAGCUGUCUCCAGGGCUAACGUGGGCGGCGCAGGGGGCGGAAACCGGGUUUUAGCCAAAUGCCUCGACAUCCCUGCGCCUCCGCCUCCUCGUCGCUGAAAGAAAUGUCGGGGUUUCAUCAGAGCUAGGGAGCGAGAGUCGGGAACAGCGAGUCUGUUGAAGCCCGCUGUUGUGUGAGACGGCGGGGCGGUGGGUGGCCACCGCGGCUUGGGGGAUAGCGCGUGUGGGGUUGACCGUGUGUCUGCUUGAGAGGCUGUGAAGACAUAGGGGGCGAGCAUGGGAGAAAUGCUCCUGUCUGAAGUCCUCAGCCCAACGCGCUCAAGGCUCAAGAGUAGCGGACGUUUUGCCACCAUCCUUUUCUGUGCUUCUGUCUGCUGCAGCUUCUGUGCCCCAUUCUCCUGGAGCAGGCAAGACCUGAAAGGCGUGAAAGCGGCUUGCAUUCAAUUAGCAGCGAAGCUCGCGGGCGCUGGCGGGACGGGCGCGUGAGGCCACAAUACACGAGGGUAUCUUCCUGGGGCAGUGGUCCCCAAUCCACUACACCGGGUCUGGAGAAGGGGUUUCAGCUCCAGGGCAUUUACUGGGAGUCGACGAAUAUCAGGAGCCGCGAUGUUCCCCCUUCUGGCCCUGUGGUUGGUCUGGGCGCUUCUAGGAGUGGCUGGAGCAUGCCCGGAGCCGUGCGCCUGCGUGGACAAGUACGCUCACCAGUUCGCGGACUGCGCUUACAAGGAGUUGCGCGAGGUGCCGGAAGGACUGCCUGCCAAUGUGACCACGCUUAGUCUGUCUGCCAACAAGAUCUCGGUGCUACGGCGCGGGGCCUUUGCGGACGUCACGCAGGUCACGUCGCUGUGGCUGGCGCACAAUGAGGUGCGCACCGUGGAGCCAGGCGCACUGGCCGUGCUGAGUCAGCUCAAGAACCUCGACCUGAGCCACAACUUCAUAUCCAGCUUUCCAUGGAGCGACCUGCGCAACCUGAGCGCGCUGCAGCUGCUCAAAAUGAACCACAACCGCCUGGGCUCUCUGCCCCGGGACGCACUCGGUGCGCUACCUGACCUGCGUUCCCUGCGCAUCAACAACAACCGGCUGCGUACGCUGGCGCCGGGCACCUUCGACGCGCUCAGCGCGCUGUCACACCUGCAACUCUAUCACAAUCCUUUCCACUGCAGCUGCGGCCUUGUGUGGCUGCAGGCCUGGGCCGCGAGCACCCGGGUGUCCUUACCCGAGCCAGACUCCAUUGCUUGUGCCUCGCCUCCCGCGCUGCAGGGGGUGCCGGUGCACCGCCUGCCCGCCCUGCCCUGUGCACCGCCCAGCGUGAGUCUGAGUGCUGAGCCGCCACUUGAGGCAGCCGGCACCCCACUGCGAGCGGGACUGGCGUUCUUGUUACACUGCACCGCCGACGGCCACCCCACGCCCCGCCUGCAAUGGCAACUGCAGAUCCCCGGCGGCACCGUAGUCUUAGAGCCGCCGGUUCAGAGCGAGGAGGACGACGGGGUUGGGGUGGAGGAAGGAGAGGGAGAAGGAGAUGGGGACGUGCUGACGCAGACCCAAGCCCCAACCCCGACACCGGCACCCGCUUGGCCGGCGCCCCCAGCCACCCCGCGCUUCCUGGCCCUCGCAAACGGCUCCCUGUUGGUGCCCCUCCUGAGUGCCAAGGAGGCGGGCGUCUACACUUGCCGUGCACACAAUGAGCUGGGCACUAACUCUACGUCAGUACGCGUGGCGGUGGCAGCAACCGGACCCCCAAAACACGGGCCUGGCGCUGGGGGAGAACCCGAUGGGCAGGCCCCAACCUCUGAGCGCAAGUCCACAGCCAAGGCCCGGGGCAACAGCGUCCUGCCUUCCAAACCCGAGGGCAAAAUCAAAGGCCAAGGCUUGGCGAAGGUCAGCGUUCUUGGGGAGACCGAGCCGGAGCCGGAGGAGGACACAGGUGAGGGAGAGGAGACCGAAGACCAGAUCCUCGCGGACCCGGCGGAGGAGCAGCGCUGUGGCAACGGGGACCCCUCUCGGUACGUUUCUAACCACGCGUUCAACCAGAGCGCGGAGCUCAAGCCGCACGUCUUCGAGCUGGGCGUCAUCGCGCUGGAUGUGGCGGAGCGCGAGGCGCGGGUGCAGCUGACGCCGCUGGCUGCGCGCUGGGGCCCUGGGCCCGGUGGGGCUGGCGGAGCCCGGCGACCUGGGCGGCGACCCCUGCGCCUACUCUAUCUGUGUCCAGCGGGGGGCGGCGCGGCAGUGCAGUGGUCCCGCGUGGAGGAAGGCGUCAACGCUUACUGGUUUCGCGGCCUGCGGCCCGGUACCAACUACUCCGUGUGCCUGGCGCUGGCGGGCGAAGCCUGCCACGUGCAAGUGGUGUUUUCCACCAAGAAGGAGCUGCCCUCGCUGCUGGUCAUCGUGGCAGUGAGCGUAUUCCUCCUGGUGCUGGCCACAGUUCCUCUUCUGGGCGCCGCCUGCUGCCAUCUGCUGGCUAAACACCCGGGCAAGCCCUACCGUCUGAUCCUGCGGCCUCAGGCCCCUGACCCCAUGGAGAAGCGCAUCGCCGCGGACUUCGACCCGCGUGCCUCCUACCUCGAGUCGGAGAAAAGCUACCCGGCAGGCGGCGAGGCGGGCGUCGAGGAGCCAGAGGACGCACAGGGGGAGGGCCCUGAGGAAGACGCGGAGCAGGGAGACCCGAGUGGGGACCUGCAGAGAGAGGAGAGCCUGGCGGCCUGCUCACUGGUGGAGUCCCAGUCCAAGGCCAACCAAGAGGAGUUCGAGGCGGGCUCUGAGUACAGCGAUCGGCUGCCCCUGGGCGCCGAGGCGGUCGACAUCGCCCAGGAGAUUAAUGGCAACUACAGGCAGACGGCCGGCUGAACCUCGGCCCACCGGGCCUGCCCAUUCCCGACCUCCACCUAGGGUGCCUGGGAGCAGCAGUCUAGGGCUUGGCAGGACUUCUGUCCCCCGCCCUCAGCCUUCACCUACUCCUCCCCCUUUCUACUCCCCAACCUUGAACUACCAGGGACUUCUAAUAGGGAGUGGGCAGCUUUCACCAGUCCCUGCUACCCACGGCUGCCAUUCUCCCUGCGGGCUGGAUCCCUUUCCCCGCCAAGCACAGUGUCCCUCUUCCCCCAUGUAAGACACCACCCGCUGACGAUGGGGCGAUAUUUAUGCCCCUCCAUUCCCAUCGCGAUUAUCUGCGAAAUCCGCCCCGCAGCCAUGACAGGCUCUGGAGCCAGAGAAAACGAGCGAAGACGUUGGAAACCUCCUGGUAACGCCGUGGUUCUGGGGCCAGCCCGGGACAGUGGAGUGCUGUGGGGUCCCGCCUCGACUCCUUCCCUCCCUUCCUCCUUCCCUUCCUCCUUCCCUCUCUCCUUUUCUC